CAAACAAAUUAUAAAGUAAAAAGUCACAACAAAACAAUCAAUAUUUUUGGUUUUUAUUAAGAAGAAAGAAAAAAAGGGUAGUUUUACUACUUAAAACUUCAACUGAUUAUAGGUUCUUGUACUAGGUAUACUUACAAAACAAAAGUUAAAUUAAAAGUUAAUCGCACAGGCCACCAUGAAUUGCCUAAUGAACUUUAGCAAUCGAGAUUUUCAUUUAAUUUGUACAGUCAUUAUAAGUGCACUACUCUUCAAGAACUACUAUUACUAUUACUACAAAAACCGAGUUGUUCUCGAGCCUGAACCAUGCUUCUCACUGCUGGACCCUUCUAACACCACGCAACAGCCAGUGAAAGAUGUCUACGACCGACUUAUAGACAUUAAUGACUUCAAGUUUGUUCUGAACCCACCCACCUGCGCAAAUAGUUCUGCCGGUUUCCUCCUUCUGGUCAUCGUAUCCUCGGCCCCCGGGCACGCCCUGAACCGCCACGUCAUCCGAACCACUUGGGGUCAAACCAGCGAAUACACCAAAGUGGUAUUUUUGAUGGGGAAAAUAGAAAACUCGUCACUGAAUCAAGAAGUUCAGAACGAAAGCUUGCAACAUGGUGAUAUAGUGCAGGGGAACUUUGUGGAUGCGUACAGGAAUAUGACAUACAAGCAUGUGAUGGGGUUGAAGUGGGUGGCGCAUCAUUGUCCAAUGGCUAAAUAUGUGUUGAAGGCUGAUGAUGAUAUUGUAGUUCACUCAGACGCAUUCAAAAAGUUCCUGGUGAGAGAGCUGUCUCCGUGGGGGGCCAGCGACCUGAUCCUGUGCUACAAGACAGUGGAACCCGGAGUGUUCCGCACCAACUCUAAAUGGGCGGUGACAGUCAAAGAAUAUCCUGGCAAUAAAUACCCUGAUUGUUGUGCAGGCUAUGCUAUAGUCUACUCUCAAGACGUUGUAAUACAACUACUGGACGCUGCCCAAAAUGCAAAAUAUUUUUGGAUUGAUGAUGUGCACGUCACGGGAUCACUAGCGAAAGACAUAUCUGUUGAGCCCACUCAGAUGGGAAAACUAAUGUUAAGCCAAAGUAGGUCUUAUGCUUUAUUGUAUCUUGGGCCAUUUUAUAGUGGCCGGUUUCUGUUUGGGCCUAGAGACCUGCCUGUGGAAUGGAUGUUGAGGCUCUGGGAUGCUAUCAAAGCUAACUCUUAUAGUUAUUUAGCAUAGACCAAGAUUAAGAUGAAAGUUGCACAUUUAAAUCAAAACAUUAUUAUUUAAAUUGGUUGUUAGUGGAGCCUGGAGUAUUACGGUCGAAUGGCGUAGUGGUUAGUGGCCCUGACUGCUAUGCCGUAGGUCCCGGGUUCGAUUCCCGGCUGGGGCAGAUAUUUGUUUAAAGACAGAUAUUUGUACUCGGGUCUUGGGUGUUGAUAUUU